AUGGCGGACGAAGUCUACGAAGGUGCCAUUGGCAUCGAUCUUGGUACCACCUACUCUUGUGUCGCCGUCUACGAAGGCACAAAUGUCGAAAUCAUCGCCAACGAGCAGGGUAGCUUUACCACUCCUUCCUUCGUGUCCUUCACAGACGAAGAGCGCCUCAUCGGUGAGGCCGCCAAAAACCAGGCUGCAAUGAACCCGGAGAACACAGUGUUCGAUGUCAAGCGACUGAUCGGAAGACGCUACGAUGACCCGACCGUCAAGAAGGAUAUCGAAUCAUGGCCAUUUAAGAUUGUCGACCAAGGUGGCAACCCUAUGGUCCAGGUCGAGUACCUGAAGGAGACCAAGACAUUCUCCCCUCAGGAAAUUUCUUCCAUGGUUCUCACAAAGAUGAAGGAGGUCGCAGAGACCAAGCUCGGCAAGAAGGUCUCAAAAGCCGUCGUGACGGUCCCCGCCUACUUCAACGACAACCAGAGACAAGCUACCAAGGAUGCUGGUGCCAUUGCUGGCCUCAACGUCCUUCGUAUCAUCAACGAACCUACUGCCGCCGCUAUUGCCUAUGGUCUGGGUUCGGGCAAAUCCGACAAGGAGCGAAACGUCCUCAUCUACGAUCUCGGUGGCGGUACUUUCGAUGUCUCUCUGCUGAACAUUCAAGGCGGCGUCUUCACAGUCAAGGCCACCGCAGGUGAUACCCACUUGGGCGGUCAAGACUUCGACACCAACCUUCUUGAGCACUUCAAGAAGGAAUUCCAACGAAAAACAAAGAAAGACAUGUCUGGCGAUGCCCGCGCUCUUCGAAGACUGCGUACCGCCUGCGAGCGUGCGAAGAGGACUCUGUCAAACGGAACACAAACCACGGUUGAGAUCGACUCGUUAUUCGACGGCGAAGAUUUCAAUGCUCAGAUCACUCGGGCCCGUUUUGAGGACUUGAAUGCCAAGAUCUUCAAUGGCACUCUUGACCCUGUUCAGCAGGUUCUCAAAGAUGCUGGCAUUGACAAGUCAAAGGUUGACGAGAUUGUCCUUGUUGGUGGCUCUACCCGUAUUCCUCGGAUCCAGAAAUUGCUGAGCGACUUCUUCGAUGGAAAGAAGCUGGAGAAGAGUAUCAACCCUGAUGAGGCCGUCGCUUAUGGCGCUGCCGUCCAGGCCGGCAUCCUCUCCGGGAAAGCCACUUCGGCCGAGACUUCUGAUCUCCUGCUUCUCGACGUCGUCCCUCUCUCAUUAGGAGUCGCAAUGGAAGGAAACGUGUUCGCUCCUGUCGUGCCUCGUGGACAGACAGUUCCUACGAUCAAGAAACGAACCUUCACCACUGUCGUCGACAAACUGUCCAGUUCCCUGUUUUCCAAGGAGAAAGAACGAGCAAGUCGCCCCGAAACCUUGUUCACAACCAAACCAGCUGACAACAAAACAGAUUGCGAAGACAACACUUCCCUUGGGGAGUUCACCUUAAGUCCGAUCCCGCCUCAGCGCGCCGGAGAAGCUGCUUUGGAAGUGGUCUUUGAAGUCGACGUCAACGGAAUCCUCAAGGUCACCGCCACCGAGAAAUCUUCCGGCCGAUCCGCCAAUAUUACGAUCUCCAAUGCCGUCGGCAAGCUCUCCACCUCUGAAAUUGAGAAGAUGGUUGAAGAUGCUGCCAAAUUCAAGACUAGCGACGAGGCCUUCACCAAGAAGCUCGAAUCGAAGCAACAGCUUGAGUCUUACAUCGGCCGGGUUGAGGAAUUGAUCAACGACCCUGGUUUGUCGAUGAAGAUGAAGCGUGGCAACAAGGCCAAGAUCGAAGAGGCGUUGUCGGAUGCCAUGCAACAGCUCGAGGUGGAGGAUUCAUCUCCCGACGAUCUCAAGAAGAAGGAAUUGGCACUCAAGAGAGCCAUGACAAAGGCUAUGGCCACGAGGUGA